UCUGUGCCUUUUGACAAAACUGGUCCUAACAAAUACAUCCACAUCGCAAUAUCAGAAAUUUUAUCAGUAGAAAAAAUCCAAUAUAAAGCUGGGAGAUCGCAUUUCCCUCUCAAUUUUGUGUUGUGUGUCGAAGAAGACUGCAGUGCGAAGAUCACAAUGGAGGCAAAGAAGCGUCAUUUGCUUCCAAAUCCCUCCAUCCGUGCCAAUUUUUUGUCAAAACUAACAUUUUGGUGGGCAUUUUCAGUGAUCUCAAAGUGUUUGAAGAAAAUUCUCAACGUGAGUGACUUGUGGCAGCCAAUUCAGCAAAAUCGAUCGCGUAUUCUGGGCAAGCAAUUAGAAAGCAAAUGGGAAGAAAUGAAUCAACCACGACUUGCCAGGGCUCUACUUAAAACGUUCCUUAAGGAUUAUGGCAUUAGUGGAGCUCUCAUGAUCUUCAGUGGCGUAUUCAUACGGAUUAGCUUUCCAUAUCUCCUCAAGAGAUUGUCCCUGUACUUUGUCAAUCAAGAUCUCAAGGACUACAAAGACGCUUCUUUCUGGGCCAUUGGACUAUUCUUGAUGGUUACCGUUGCACUUGUGUCCAAUAAUCAUAUCGCCCAUUAUUGUUUCCAUACUGGUUUGAAAAUGCAAACGGCACUUGGAAGUUUGAUCUACAAAAAAAUCCUCCGUGUUCCUAGUAAAUCACUUGAUAAGGAUGCUAUUGAGGUUCUCAAAAAUACCUUCUCACGAGAUCCCGGCAGAUUGGAUGUUAUGUCCCUAUAUUUUCACUAUCUAUGGGCUUCACCCCUGCUUUUAGCCGUUAUUGGAACUAUUAUGUACAUGGAUAUUGGCAUGGCUGCUCUUCCAGGACUCAUAGUUAUCGUCAUAAUGAUCCCCUCACAGAACUUACUGAAUACGUGUUGUGGAAAGUUCUCUAGUAAAAUCACAGAAAUAACAAAGAACCGUUACCUCAAAACGAAAGAAGUCAUCGAGAAUAUUGAAAUUGUGAAGAAGCACGCCUGGGUCAAGCAUUUCAAUGAGAUCAUUUCGAAUAUUCGCAAUAUUGAAAUGAAAUUCCUUCGUUAUAAAAUUUUUCAACAUGCUAUUCACGUAAUCCUGAUGAUUUUCACUUCACGAAUUGCCCUUUUGGCCACUCUGGUCACCAUGGUGUACACAAACCAGAACAUCAAUGCCUUGAAUUUAUUUGCCUUCUUCUACUACUUCGACAUCCUGACAAUCACCGUGACUCAGAUCUUCACAAGGGCGAUUAAUCAAUUUGGAAGAACAACCUCAUAUCUGCGGGAAGUUGAAAAAUUCCUAGAUAUGGAAGAAAUUCCACAAAGGCUUCAGGAGAAGAUUAAGAAGAAGCGUAAAGAAGGUCAUACCGAAAGUGAUGAUAAAUUUUUAGUGCAUCUCAAAAAUGUUUCUAGCACAUGGAUUCAGUCAAACAGCAAAAAUACUUUCAAACUCAAGAAACUGAAUGCUAAAUUCCGCAGAGAAACUCUUGUUUGCAUUGUUGGACCUUCCAAAUGUGGAAAAACAUCACUGCUACAUACAAUUCUUCAAGAUAUGUUGAUCACAGGUGGACAUGUAAUCGCAAAUGGCCCAAUUGGAUAUGCUCCUCAAAUUCCCUGGAUUUUCUCAUCCACUGUGCGACAGAACAUCCUUUUCGGCAGUACUAUGUUCUUGGAUAAAUAUGAUGCUGUGGUGAGAUCGUGUGCCCUGGUUCAGGAUCUCAAUCUAUUCCCUAAUGGUGACCUAACACUUAUAAAGGAAGAUGAAACGAUAUUGUCUGAAGUUCAAAAACUGAAAGUCAAUCUUGCUCGAGCUAUCUAUAGAGAUGCUGAUAUCUAUCUAUUUGACGAUAACCUCAGCAGUUUGCCUCCUUUAAUGUCUCAGUACAUCUUCGACAAAGUUAUAGGUUCCAGUGGGCGGUUGAAUAAAUCUCUGAGAAUUGUCGUUACAAAUGAACUUCGGUACAUCAACGAAGCGGACUGGGUUGUUGUGAUGGACCAAAGUGGAAUAGCAAACCAAGGAAAACCAUCAGAAUUGGACUUAAACAGUUUACCUUAUCUCUCACCAGUUGAUGAAAGUGUAGCAAGGAAACGCGGAAAGGAGUUAUCGGAUAUGUACGGAACUAAAGAAAAGAAACCGUCUGGAAUCAAGCCUAUUGAUAAGCAGAACAAUGUAUCUUUGGAUGCUGAAGAUGAUGAAGAUAUAGAUGAAAAAGUCUUUUGUGAUCAGCCAUCAUCGUCCAAGGAACAUAAUUCAUUCCUACGGUAUAUCUCGGAAGGUGCAGGAAAGUUCUAUAUUCUGAUUUUAGGCAUUGCUUUUCUCCUGCUUUAUUCUAUCAUUGCGUCUUCAGAUGCCUGGCUCACGUUCUGGACCACAAUGGAAAUUGCAAAACUCGAUAAGGAAAGUCUGUGUGCAAAUUCAUUGAAUUGCUCCGAAAGUCUAAUUGAACUAUCUAAGCGCAAUAUUAGUCAUUUUAGCAUCUUUUACAACAUAUCAACUUAUUCUCAAGAAUUUAUCAUGGACAAUUUUAAGCAUUUGCAUUUGCCCGAAACAGCGCCAUACGCUCUUGUUUAUACAGGAAUUAUUGCCUUAGCUAUCAUCAUAGGGAUCAUCGUCAAUAUUGCCUUUUCAAGGGUAUGUCUUAAGGCCAAUAAAACCCUGCACAAUAAUCUCCUAAAUAAGAUUACUUCAGGCAGUAUGGCAUUCUUCCAUAAAACACCAAAUCACAAGAUUCUUCGUCUUUUUGAUGUCGAUAUGAACACCAUUGACAAAACCAUUCCAAUGUCUUUGCUAGAAAGCAUAAAUCUCUUUCUCUGGAUCACAGCUUGGGGACUGAGCUCUAUAUACAUUAGUUCGAGUUUUACUAUUAUUCUUGUGAUCAUAUUGCUGGUGUUCUAUAAAUUACAACAACGACUUCUAAGGAUUACAAAAAGACUGAAGCAAAUAGAAAAUGCAAUGAAGAUAAAACUGUUGCGACACAUGAAUACAACAAUGAAGGCUAUCCCUAUGAUUAGAGCUUUUGGGGUGGAAGAUCACGUACGAGAUGACUUCGACCAUUUACAAGAUGUCCAUUCAUCCACCAUAUCUAUGUCUAUCACUGCUACAUCAGCCUAUUCUAUGUUACUGGAAUUUUUGUGUUUGAUUUCAAUAGGAGUUGUAAUAGUUUUGACUUUCAAUGGGAUGAUAGUAAUCGAAGGCCAAUUUUUACCCUUUGCCCUUACGCAAUUUAUCGGAUUUGCCGGGAUGUUAGGUUGGUCGCUAAAACAAAACGUCUCAUCAUCCGGCGAACUAACUUUAACUGAUCGAAUUCUUACGUAUUGCACCAUCAAACAAGAAGAAGACCCACCGAAUCCAGAAAAAGCCCGAAAAACCUGGCCAGAAUAUGGGCGGGUUGUCUACCAUGAAAUGUUUCUAAAAUACAACGAGGACAGUAAUGAUGUUAUUUCAAAAUUUUCAUUCAUAUUCCGACCUCGAGAAAAAGUGGGGAUCAUCGGGGAUAGUGGAUCAGGAAAGACAUCACUUAUGAAUGCACUCUAUCGCAUAGGAAUCCUCGAAGGUUUCGUCGAAAUUGAUAGAAUGAAUAUCGCUACGGUUACUCUGGAAGAUGUUCGUUCAGGUAUAACAACAAUAACUAAAAAGCCUGCGAUAUUUUCUGGUACCAUCAAAAGCAAUUUGGAUCCAUUGAACGAAUUUCGUUAUAACGACCUACUACAUGCUCUUAAAGGAGUCGAACUAGAUAUGUUAGAUCUCAACAUGGUUGUAUAUCACAAUGGUGAAAAUCUGACCCUUAUGCAACGUCAACUGCUCGCAUUUGCCAGAGCUAUUCUCCGUAAAAAUAAAAUUAUCGUUCUAGAUGAGGCUAUGUCAAACAUGGAUGAAAAGACAAUAAAGAUAGUUCAGAAUGUUAUCGCGGAAUAUCUGGAGGAAAGUACAAUAUUUAACAUCACUGACCAGCUCGAACACAUAAUGUACGCUGAUUCUAUCAUUGUGAUUCAGAAGGGUGCUCUCUUAGAGAGUGGUCUUCCUCACGAACUCCUCCAAAGGCCUGAGACGAAAUUCUAUAAGAUGGUUCACUCUUAUAAGAAAGUUGAACCAAAUAAAUUGAUUAAAAUUGCAGAAAGUAAAAUCGAAAACCAUACAUAUUUAAAACUUUUUUUCGCAAAACCAAAAAAAGAAGAUUCAUAGAGUUUUAUUUAUCUGUACUAAAUUAAAGUUAAGUGAUAUGUUAUUGAUUAAAUGUUUUAAAUGCUUUCUAAAUAUACAUGACUGUACUAAAUGAUUUAUGUAAUAAAAUAUUAAGGCAUGUAACAGCUCA